CAUAUCACUUGCUCCACUUCCAUUGGCCGCACCCGGCCGGGCCGGCCCGCACCUCGCCGCGCGCGCACUUAUUCUGACUUCUCCUCCACAGACCCGCCCUAGCUCUCCAUCCCCCCUCUCUUCUGACUUCUCCUCCACACACCAGCCCGGCCGGCCGCGCAGGGCACGCGUAUGAGCGAAGCGAGUGAGCCAGCACGCAGAAGCAAACAAGUGGGGAGGUAGAGGGAGCUCACAGACCACAUAGGGUGGGAGUGGUGGGAGGAGGAAGAGGAGUCAAGAGAGCAAGCUCAUACGCGCGUGCGGCGACGUCGUACGUGGGAUGUCGGCGUCGGCGUCGGGCGUCGGGCGCCGCGUGUGCGGUGGCCUGGCGGAGUGCGCGUGCCAUGGGCACGGGAUCGGCGGCGGGCGGUGCGGGGUCGCUGUCGCCGACCUCAACCGCGGGUUCCCGGGGAUGUGGCACCAGGCGGCGGAGGAGGAGCACGGCGCCGUCGUCGGCGGAGGCGCAGCGGCGGCGGGGCUGCAUGAGUUCCAGUUCUUCGGCCACGACGAGGACCACGAGAGCGUGACGUGGCUGUUCAACGACCCUGCGCCCCACCUGCAGCGCGGGCCGGCGGCGGCCGCGGUCGGAAACGGGGUGGCCGAGGCCGAGCAGCGGAGGGCGCCGCCGCUGUUCGACGGGUACGCGCACGUGCAGUACGGCCAGAUGCCGGGACACGGCCUCACGUUUGACGUGCCGCUGAGCCGGGGCGGCGAGGCGGCCGCCGCGGCGGUCCUGGAGGCCGGGAUGGGGCUCGGCGGCGGCGGCGGCAGCAACCCGGCGACGUCCAGCGCCACAAUCAUGCCCUUCUGCGGCGGGAGCACGUUCACUGACGCGGCGAGCUCCGUCGUCGUCCCGGGCGAGGUCGCUGCGACGGGGAACGGGAGCUUCAGCGGCGGCGGCGGGGACCCAGCGAUGGACCGGGAGGCGAAGGUGAUGCGGUACAAGGAGAAGCGGAAGCGGAGGCGCUACGAGAAGCAGAUCCGGUACGCCUCGCGCAAGGCCUACGCCGAGAUGCGGCCGCGCGUCAAGGGCCGGUUCGCCAAGGUGCCCGACGGCGAGGCGCUGGCGCCAACGGCGGCGGCGGCGGGUUAUGAGCCCGGCCGGCGGCUCGACCUCGGAUGGUUUCGUUCAUAGCCACGAUCGAUGUACCUGACGUACGUUUAAUUAUAUAAUGCCGGCCGGAGCAUUAGCUAGCACACAUAGGCCAUUGGUUAAUUUAAGGUACGCACCAAAAAAUCUGGCACACGGAUUGCCGAGUGCCAGAGACACUCGGCAGUAUUUCACCUUUGCCGAGUGCCAGCUGGAGGCACUCGGCAAAAAGUUGACGCCAUCAGCCCCCCUGACGGGUGGUGCACGGCGGGCGCGCGUGCUGGGCACGUGCUCAGGCUUUGCCGAGUGCCGCCCGACCAGCACUCGGCAAAGGAGCCACGUUGCCAAGUGUUUUGAUUUGCCGAAGGUCUGCAUUUGGCAACGCCCGGGCAUGCCGUGUGCCAGAUUUUUGCCGAGUGUCCGCGGCCUGACACUCGGCAAACCACAUAUUUGCCGUGUGCCCGUGGUCUGGCACUCGGCAAAGACCCAGACACUCAGCAACUAUCGGUUUUCCGGUAGUGCUAGUAGCCCUGAAACCUCGUAUUGAUACUUGCGAGUACAGCACAGCAACAAUUGCGAUCAUGUUGAGAUGCUUGAUCGAUGCAUGUCAAGGACUUUUUGCUGGUACA